AUGGAAAAUUAUAAUCAAACAUCAACUGAUUUCAUCUUAUUGGGGUUAUUCCCCCCUUCAAGAAUUGGAACCUUUCUUUUUAUUCUCAUUGUUCUUAUUUUCCUAAUGGCUCUAUUAGGCAACCUCUCCAUGAUCCUUCUCAUCCUUCUGGACACACAACUCCACAUACCCAUGUAUUUCCUACUCAGUCAGCUCUCUGUUAUGGACCUGACCUAUAUCUCCACCACUGUCCCCAAAAUGACCAGCAAUUUUCUGUUUGGAAGCAAGUCAAUCUCCUUUGUAGGUUGUGGAAUUCAGAGCUUCUUCUUCUUGACUCUAGCAGGUGCAGAAGGAUUGCUUUUAGCUGCAAUGGCUUAUGAUCGUUAUGUAGCCAUUUGCUUUCCUCUUCACUAUUCCAUCAGAAUUAGCAGAAGAGUGUGUGUGUGGAUGACAAUGGGAUCUUGGUUGCUAGGCUCAAUCAACUCCUGUGCCCACACCACAUAUAUUCUCCAUAUCCCGUAUUGCCAAUCCAGGGCCAUCAAUCAUUUCUUCUGUGAUGUCACAGCCAUGUUGAUUCUGGCCUGCGUGGACACCUGGAUCUAUGAAUACACAGUUUUUGUGAGCACCAUUCUCUUCCUUUUGUUGCCUUUCACUUGUAUUGCAUUUUCCUAUGGUCGAGUUCUUAUGGCUGUCUAUCGCAUGCAAUCAGCAAAAGGGAAGAAGAAGGCCUAUUCAACCUGCAGCGCUCACCUCACUGUGGUAACUAUCUACUCUGCACCAAUUGCUUACACUUAUCUAUGCCCAAAAUUUCUCCGUACUCCAACAGAGGACAAGGCUCUGGCUGUGUUCUACACUAUUCUGACCCCAAUGCUCAAUCCUAUUAUCUAUAGCCUGAGAAACCAGGAAGUGAUGGGGGCUCUGAGAAGAGUAAUUCAGAAAAUCUGCUCUAUGAAAAUGUAG